UGCCACUUUGUAGCCACCUUGGCUAAUGGGAUGAGCCUCCAGCUGCCCCUUGAAGAAGUUUCCUAUGGCCAGGUGGAAAGCAGUGAGAGGCCUAAUGCUGAGGACAUGACAUCCAAAGAUUACUACUUUGACUCCUAUCCCCACUUCGGCAUCCAUGAGGAGAUGCUGAAGGAUGAAGUGCAGACCCUCACGUACCGCAACUCCAUGUUUCAUAAUCAGCACCUCUUCAAGGACAAGGUGGUGCUGGAUGUGGGCUCAGGCACAGGGAUCCUCUGCAUGUUUGCAGCCAAGGCAGGGGUCUGGAAGGUCAUCGGGAUGGAGUGUUCCAGUUUCUCUGAUUAUGCUGUGAAGAUCAUCAAAGCCAACAAGUUAGACCACAUGGUUGCCAUCAUCAAGGGGAAGGUGAAGGAGGUGGAGCUGCCGGUGGAGAAGGUGGAAAUUAUCAUUAGUGAAUGGAUGGGCUACUGCCUCUUUUAUGAGUCCAUGCUCAACACUGUGCUCUAUGCCCCUGACAAGUGGCUGGAACCAGAUGGCCUUAUUUUCCCAGACGGGGCCACGCUGUACGUGAGGGCCAUCGAGGACCAGCAGUACAAAGACUACAAGAUCCACUGGUGGGAGAACGUGUAUGGCUUUGACAUAUCCUGCAUCAAGUACGUGGCCAUCGCGGACCCCCUCGUGGACGUGGGACCAAAGCAGCUGGUCACCAGUGCCUGUCUCAUAAAGGAGGUGGACAUCUACACCAUCAAGGUGGAAGACCUCACCUUUACCUCCCCGUUCUGUCUGCAAGUGAAGUGGAACAACUAUGUGCACGCGCUGGUGGCCUACUUCAACAUCGAGUUCACGCGCUGCCACAAGUGGACUGGCUUCUCCACCAGCCCCGAGUCCCCGUACACGCACUAGAAGCAGACAGUGUUCUACAUGGAGGACUACCUGACAGUGAAGACAGGCGAGGAGAUCUUCGGCACCAUCGGCAUGUGGCCCAAGGCCAAGAACAACUGUGACCUGGACUUCACCAUCAACCUGGACUUCAAGGGCCAGUUGUGCGAGCUGUCCUGCUCCACUGAUUACCAGAUGCACUGA